GACACGGUGAGGGGACAUAGGGAAAGUAAAGCAGAUUUUGUGUACGCUGCUAGCACACCAUUUCUCGUGGCAGAGGAAGCAUAAACUACAAACAUGUACAAAUUGGACCUACCCGUCGAUUACAAGGAAGCCGCGGCGCUGGAGCGACGAAGAAACAUGGAAAAACAGCGCCAAAGUAGAAUCUUCAAUGCCAAAGUCCGAACCAUUGGGGUUGAUUUACAAGCACUGGAGCAACAAUCAAAGGACAAACGUGAAUUUGAAGAAUAUGAAAGAAGACGACAUGAAGCCUUUGCCGCUGAUGCAGUGAGAAAUGACAAAAUAGCCAUGCUCUUAGAACAGAGACAAGGACAUGAUAUAAAAGAACUACACAAGGCCCUGAAUGAAUUUCGUAGUUUACACCAGCAACCAGCCUCCAGGCGAGAGUGGGACAUAUAUGAUCCUGAUCACCUGAAGAAAGAUAAGCCAGCUCGAGUUCAUGAUGAUGACCCACGUUGUGGAAUUUCAAGUAUGCAGAAAUUUGAUGGAGAAGACCUGAAUAGAAAAGCCAGGGAAGAAUACCAAAAUGAACAGCUCAGAGAAUGGAGUGAACAACAAAUGAAAGAGAAGAAACAAGCAGAUGCCAACCAGAAAAAGGCUGAUCGACUAUAUGAGUUGAAGAUGCGAGAGUUGGACCAGCGUGCAAUGGAUUUACAGAUUGCUGAGGAAAACUGCAAAAAAGCCAUUGAUCAAGCUACUGCUGACUACAAUAAGGCCCUGGCUAGAGAGCAAGCAGAGAAAGAGAGGCUAGCCAAACAGCAAGAGCAAGACGACAAUGCUACUGAGAUCUCUAACCAUGUAUUUGGAGACAUCUUGACGGAAAAUCCAGCAGCUGCCCAGAGUGCCUUUGGUGCUCACCGAGUAAUUCCUGACAGAUGGAAGGGUAUGAGCCCACAGGAGAUUGAUGAAAUUAAGAGGGACUUGGAACGUCAGAGAAAGGAAAAAGAGCGCUUGCGUCAGGAAGAAGAGCUGAAGAACAAGGAAUGGGAGCGACAACAAUGGGCACAAGCCAGAGCAGCAAUGUUACUGGAGAGAGAGCAAGAGAGGAAUCGCAGAGAAAUCCAGACACGUGUGGCUGAUGAGAACAGGCGCUUAUCACAGGAACAGAAGGCUCACCAGGAGUUCCUUGACAAAGAAGUGUACACCAACCCACCCACAGCAGCUUACUUUAUGCAAUUUAACACUACUACUCGAUAAAUUCAAUAAGCUAAUGAUAAUGCCACAACUAAAUGGACUGUUGUAUAUAAUGAAUAAAAUUCAACCAUCAUGCCAGGCACAAUCCACAACAGUUUUGAUAUUAAUUUAAAUUGUUGUACAUAAGUGACAUGUAACAUUGUAGAUAUUUUGUUGAGACUGUCUACCAUUUUUUAACACAUCUUGAUCAUCAAGGUUAUAUGUGUUAUGUGUAAAAUUUAAAUUUUUUAUUCCCAAAAUCUCAACAUUAUUGCCACUGCAUAAUUCUGUCAGAAUUAUGUUCACAUUAACACCAUGGUUGGAUGUAGUAUGAUUAUAUUUAUCACCUGGCUCUGUUCCACUUGAUACCACUUGCAUCGUGAGGUAUGUUCUUUUGUACACUAACUAUACGCAUGUAUUAAUGAAUACUUUCAAAUGGCAAACAGCUUUAUAACGUAUAUGUCAACUUUGAUAUUUAUGGGAAUAGAUAAAAUCGGAUGAUUGUAUUUUGUUGUGGCAUACUUGAAAACUGUUUUGAACUGACCUACUCAAGAGGCCUAAAUACAAACAUAGGCAAGUCUGACGCUUACAGCAUUAUCCG